AUGCGCCGCGUCUCACGGCGCUGGAACCAACUCAUUCAGUCCCCUCUGUACUACGAGAUGCGGCGGCACAGGGGAGUGCAGGAGGGGUGGGUGUACGUGCUAUCGCGUGACAGCUCGGACCGUCUGUGGUGGCACACGCUGGACGUGCACUCUGCCACGUGGCACGACGUCCCCCGCAUGCCCUCCCUCUGCUCGCGCGCCUACGGGCUCGCCUGUGCCACCUGCCAGGGCAACCUUUACGUCAUUGGCGGUGCAGGGUGGCUCAAACCCAGCAGACCACACGUGUACAGGUACAACGCCCCUGCCAACAAGUGGGUGCGCGUGGCGGACAUGGCCUUCCCCCGCUGCUACUGCGUGGCCGGUGCCGUGCGCCUCGAGAGGGAUGGCAAGGGCCGGGAGCAUGGCGCGGGAUGGCUCAGAGAAGGUGGCGACAGGGGGGAGGAGGGAAGGGAGGCGGGAGAUAGACUGGGGGAUGGCGGGUGGGAGAGGGAGAGGGAGAGGGAGAGGGAGCGCGGGAUUGGGAGGGAGAGGGAGGAAGAAAGGGGGAUUCGGAGGGAAAAGGAAAGGGAAGGGGAGAGGCUACGGGAUGGGGAGGGAGCGCAAGAGGGAGAAAGUGUGGUUGGGGGGGAAAGGGAGGGUGAGAGGAGCAGAGUGGAGGAAAGUGAAAGGGCUGGAGAGAACGCAGGAGGGGGUGAGUCGAGCAGUGGAGGGAAACAGGGGGGUAGCAGCAGGGAGCCGAGAGUGGGGAAGGCGAGAGGGGCAGAGGGAGGGAGCAGCAGCAGCAGCAGCAGGGCGGAAGGGGUGUGUUCGGCGGGAGGGGCGUGGGCGAAUGAGCGGCUGGUAGUGGCGGGUGGCAUGGGGGCGAGCAACACGUCACUGCUGACGUCAGUUGAAGUGUACCACCCGCAGGAGGACCGGUGGACCAAUGCGGCCCCGCUGCCCUUCGAGUGUGACUUAGAGGACGCAGCAGUGUUAGCCAACCGACUGUUGCUGCGCCACAUGCGCUGUGUGCACUCCCCUCCCGGCCCUGACGCCGUUGCCUUCUCCCUUUCCUCCAACUCCUGGUCCCCGCUUUCUGGGAACCUUCCCUCCGCCUGGCACGGCCCGUCCACGGUGCUGGACGGUCGGAUGUACAUGCUGGAUCAGAUCGGAGGGAUCCGAUUGGCCGUGUACGAUGACGUGGCGCAGAUGUGGCGCCCGAUUGGCCGGCCCGGCGCUGCUGACGCCGCCGUGCCGGAUAUUAGGGUUUCGCGGGCGGCUGUACGUGAUAGGGAGGGGGCUGUCGAUGGUGGUGGUUGA